UAGUGAGAAAAUGAGCAUCCAUCCAUUCCAACCAACUUUCUCUCUCUUUGUUGCUUAGUUUUUAUCAGCCAAAUGUAUAUAUAAAAAUGUGAUUUCAUAUGCUUUCUUCUUGCUCUCUCCGUCGCUCUCCAUUGCUUGUUCUUCAGAAAUUGAUAUCAGUUCAUAAGCCAUAAGGCCUUGUCUUGGGCGCUGUUCCAUAUCCAUAACUCAUAUCUAAUGGGUUUGGUCAAUUCUCGUGGGGUGGCUUACAAGCCUGCCAAAGAUGUCGAUUUGAGUCCCACCAGCUCUGAAUUCUACCUCACAGCCAAUGUCAAAGCUCCUCGAAUGGUUGGAAUAGUGGUGAAAAUAUUUGCGUGGGUCCUAGAAAUGAGGAUUUUGGGGAAAUUGCUGUUGUACGUUCUCAAGGCCAAUAAUCUCAUUUACAAGCUCAUUGGAAAUGCGGAGAUAGAAGAAUCGCCUGUUUUUGUUCCCUCGCAUCCUGUAGAAGAAAAAGAAAAUGAGGAGGUGAAGUACAUAGGUGUGGCUCUAUCUGAAACAGAACAAGUUCAAGAGGCAGUUAGUUGUCUGCCUUCAUGGUCAGACAGAGAAGUGGAUUCUUUAAACCCUUCAUUUCACAGAUGGACAAUAAUGGACUAUUCAAGAGCAUAUCGUUCAAGAAAAAUAACUCCUCUAACAGUUGCAGAGAGAUUCAUAGCAGCUGUGAGCGAAUCAUCCAAACCUCCAUUGAACAUGUCAUUCUUCAUUAAUUAUAAUGUCGAAGAUAUUCUAAAGCAAGCAGCUGAAUCAACUAAUCGUUAUGAACAUGGACAACCCCUUUCAGUUCUAGAUGGAGUGCCAAUUGCUGUCAAGGAUGAAAUAGAUUGUCUACCAUAUCCUACUACAGGGGGGACAAGUUGGUUGCACAAACUAAGACCUUGUACCAGUGAUGCAAGCUGCAUACAAUAUCUCAGGUUAUGUGGAGCUCUAAUUGUUGGGAAAACCAAUAUGCAUGAACUUGGUAUUGGAACAAGUGGAAUAAACCCUUAUCAUGGGUCGACGAGAAAUCCAUAUAAUACGAGCAGGAUAUGUGGAGGUUCUUCUAGCGGAUCUGCUGCUGUUGUUGCUGCAGGACUAUGUCCUGCUGCUUUAGGUGUUGAUGGAGGAGGAUCUGUGAGAAUCCCUGCAUCUCUUUGUGGAGUUGUCGGUUUGAAGCCAACAUUUGGCCGUGUUCCUCAUUCUGGUGUUCUUCCUCUGAAUUGGACUGUUGGGAUGGUAGGGAUACUGGCCGGCACGAUUGAGGACGCGUUUAUUGUUUAUGCAGCCAUAAGCAGCAAAAUUCCUUCGCAUCAGAAUGCUGUUCAGCCCAAACUUUGUUUUCCAUUGCUGAACUCAUCAAGACCAAUACCUUCGGUUACAAUGGCAAAGUAUGGUGAGUGGUUUAACGACUGCAGUGAUGAUAUCAGAAUUUGCUGUUCUAAUGCCUUGGACAAACUUCAAAAACAUCAUGGCUGGAAGACGGUCGAGGUGACGAUUCCCGAGAUAGAAGUGAUGCGUUUAGCACAUUAUUCAACAAUUGCGUCCGAGUGCAGCACUUCAUUGAGUUCCUAUCUCGAAAAGCUGGAUUCCUCACAACUAGGAUGGGAUGCAAGAGUAGCACUUGCUGUUUAUGGUUCUUUCGGUAGUAAGGAGUACAUAAAAGCUCAGAAGAUUAGGAAUCGCCAAAUGUAUUUUCAUCGGAAAAUACUAGCACAUGCUGAUGUCAUCGUGUCACCGACAACCGGUGUAACUGCUUACCCUAUCUUGAAUGAUGCUCUCAAGACUGGAGAACUUGACUACAUUAAUGGAGCUGCACUUGUUAGAUACUCAAUAGCUGGAAACUUCCUUGGAUUGCCUGCAGUAACUGUUCCAAUUGGAUAUGAUAAAACUGGUUUGCCAAUUGGCCUCCAGUUCAUUGGCAAGCCUUGGUGUGAAGCAACGCUCAUUCAUAUAGCAUAUGCAAUGCAGGCUCUCUGUGUUGCUGAUUACAAAAAGCCAGAAGUUUUCUACGAUCUUAUGACACAAAAAUAGCUUGCUGCGACAAUUUAUAUGUUUGUUUUGUGAUUGGCAUAUGUUAUCCAAAGCUUGUUUCUGUUUCUGUGUGUUCUUGAGUAAUCAUUAGGGUUCAUAAACUCGUGACAUUGAAACUUAUAAUUUAGUCUCGGUUUCUGAUUUGGUGGGUGAUUCUGACUUAUC